AGGAAGCUGUAACUCUUCCAUCCUACUCAGUCUGCUCUCUACUCUAGCUGCUCUCCUGUUUCAGUCAGUCUGUCUGCCCUCUAGCGUAGUAUUCUGCUUUCACUCACCACUAUUCAUCACCAUCCAGGAUACAUUUACACAAGCUCACGCAGGUAGACAGAGCGCUGUCAUAGUGGACUGAAGCGCGUGUGUGUUUGGGCUGAAAGACAGGUUACCUUGGAAAGAGCUAGAAAGUGAGGAUCUGUAAGCAGUGCUGUUGAAGCUGAAGUUUUCUCCCCACUACGUGUUUUGUCCCAAAGGAUAUCACACGCAGCUGCAGAGGCUGCCAGCUCCAACUGUAGCAAACACAAGUCGAUGACUGAGAACUCUGCCUCCCAUGAUGGACAAGAAAAGUGCCAAUGGCUUUCAGUCCAAGGCCAGUGAGGGUGGUGUUCAGAGGAAGCAGCUGCCCUACUCAGUGGAAACUCCCUAUGGCUUCCACCUGGACCUUGACUUCCUCAAGUAUGUUGACGAUAUUGAAAAAGGCAAUACCAUCAAAAGGGUCCACAUUCAGCGUAGAGUCAAGGGCCCACCUAAAUUCAGCACUCUGCCCAGAAAUUUCAGCCUUCCUGGGCAUGGAGCCAGGCCUGUCCCUAAAGAAAAAGACACCCCUUGGUCUGGGACGUCCACCUUGGGGCCCAAGCCUAAAUCACGGGUGACAGAGGUCCAACAGAUCUACGACUUCAGGACAAGUGAAGGGGGAACUUCCAGUCAAAGCAGCAGGGGAGCAACUAGUCCAGGAACUGCCUAUGUGUCAGCAAAGCCAAGAGAUGAAUUAGGAACUGGGGCUCGGGAUGGUGAAGUUGUGGGGAUUCAAAGCCGGCCAAACUUGCUGCGAGCAUCAAGCAUGCCCAUCACCUUACAGCAGCGUAAAGGCUCUGAUUCAAGCAGCCCAGACCGUACUGUGGGAACACCGGAGAGUGGCUCCACAGAGAACAUGUUUCGUCCGUCGCCGGACAUAACAGAGAGACGGUGUGUUCUCCAGGAUCGGACAGGACUUCACCAGCAGAUCACGGUGGCGCUGAAGCGGGUCAGAGAGCUUGAAGAGCAGGUCAAAACCAUCCCAGAACUAAAGGCUCAGAUCUGCUCACUAAGGGAGGAGAGGGAGAAACUACUUAUUCAGCUCCAGGCCCAGGCCCAGGCCCAGGCCCAGGUUUCCACAUCAUCGUCUACUAUAAUACAGAGUUCCGACUCUGGGACACACACUCAGCCACAAGGACACAGACCUUCAGAAGGGCUCAACCUAGCUCUGAUGACCCAACUCACUGAAGGUUUAGAAGCUUCAGAGUGCAUGCCAGCAAAGCUGGUAACAGGGAAAGAGAAACAAGGUGUGACAGAAAAAAGUUUAGUGUUAGAAAAAGAGAAACAGACAAAUCAGGAAUCUGUCAAGAGCUCCUCAGCACAUGGAGAAAUGGGUGGGUUGUCAAAGCAAGAAUCCGAGAGACAGACACAGCUGUUAGAAAAAUCAGACAAACAAAAAGAGACAUCAGAGAGUCCACUGGCGCAUGCAGUGCAAAAGCUAACACAGAACAUUGCAGGACAAGAAUUAACAUCACUUAUGGUGGCUAUAAAAGAUGCAGAGGCUAGCAGUAUUCAAGAUGGUAAUGCAGCAAAAGGAGGACAACCUGUGGACAGUACGCAGAUGCUGCAGGAGAAGCUUAUGGCACUGGAGGCUAAACUUAGUCAAGCUAGUCAAGAGCUGGAUAGAACUAAUAAUCUUUUGAAACAACAAUUAGAGGAGAACAAGGUUAAAGAGGAUAAAAUACUUCAACUGAGUGAGGGAAUGAGGGUAGAGGUGUGUACUACAGAAGCACACAGCAGACCGAGAAGAGAGAGUAUUGACACAGGGACAGAGACAGAGAGAGUAGAUUUUGCCAACCAAGAGACAGAGACAGAAUCACUUGGUACAAUAGAUCAGGGGACAGAUACAGAUAGAAUUUGUAUUGAAGUGUGUGUACCCAAACCAAGGACUGGAAGUAUAGAUCAAGGAACAGAUACUAAUGAAGUUGGCACACAUGAACCGGUGACAGAGAUGGAGGCAGAAGUAGCUGCUGUCAGCCCACCAAGACCCAGAGCCAACAGCAUGGAACGAGGCACAGUUACUGAGAGGGUCCCUACUCAGGAUCAGAUGACCGAGACGCCUGUAGCGGAACGGGUAGACCAAGUCACAGAAACAGAGGGAGAGACAGUAACGGACCAUCCACAGAGGCCGAGGGCUAGCAGUGCGGACCGGGGGACAGAGACAGAGAGAGUAGACACUGUGGACAGGGUGACAGAGACAGAAGAAGCACAGAGGACAGACCAGCAGACUGAGACAGAGAUAAAUAGACGCCAGCAUAACAAUCCAGCCAGAAGUGCAGAAGCAGAGAGUCAAGUGAGCGAAAGUGCAGAGAGUGAAAGAGAAGAUGUAGGUAGUGUGGUCAGUGAGAGAGUGGAAGAUAACGAAGCAAAUGAAAGAAGAGGUAGUGGAGAUAGUGGAAGCAUGGUUGUGAAAGCUGUCACAGAGAGUCCAACUGUAGUUAUAGAAAGUAGAGUUGAUCAAACUGUAGUUUCAGACAUUGUGAGCCAGCAUGAAGACCAUACCAGUCCAAUUCAGGAGUCUGUAGCAGGAGAAAAUACAGAAUCUAGAAUUGAAAUGGUUGUGGCAAAUGACUCAGAAACGAAAGAAAUGACACCCCCAAAGAGUGAAGUAACAGAAAUUGUAGAAUCACGACAGACUGCUCUGGAGACUGAGAAGAAACAAACAGAAGAAGGUGAGAUUGUGUGUGCAACAAUCAGAGAAACUGUAGUAAUUGACACCGUUGUAGUAACAGCAGAGAAUUCAGUGAAGACAGUAGUUCCUGUAAGACCCCAGAGAGGCAGAAAGCCUUCAGCAGAGCAGGUACAGCCCUCGCCUCCUCAGCUUCAGGCUGCACCUGUGCGUCCUCGUAGGGGAUCCAGUGAAACUCAAGCCCAGAAAUCACAGCCUCAGACAAAAACCCAACCCCAGGUGCAAGGUCCAACUCAGCAAGAGACCCAAACCCCUACACAACCCUCUGAACCACAGAUAAAACAUCCUGCCCCAUCUCCGUCUCAGGUUGAGGACCACACCAUAGCAAAGAGGCCCCCUAAGGAGCCCAAUGAGAAACAAUCUCAAUCUCAGACUGUGACUCAGGGCCCAUCUCCAAGCUCUAGUGAAGUCCAAACCAGGCCCAAAUCAAUUCAGUCUCAUACCACUGCAACGCGACGGAACUCCAAAGAACUGAAAGCACUACAGAAGGGAUCCAGUGUAUCACAACCUCCUCGCCGUGGAUCAGGAGAAGCCCAGGCCCGCACAACUCGCCAGGGGUCAUGUGACACCCAAACUCCAUCUCAGGGCUCUCGUAGAAGUUCCAGUGAGAUUCAAUCCCCUCACAAGGAUGACAGCGAGACACAAUCUCUGCGCAGAGGUUCCAGUGAAACAGGUCAGCGUCGUGGUUCAAGCGAAGCCUCACGUCGAGAUGCUGGAGAUGCCCAACCCCCUCGCAGAGGCUCCAGUGAGUCACCAACAUCGCCUGCGGCUUUGGGCCAAGUCGUAACCCGGUUAACAGGGCUUCUGGGGGAGCAGUGGGCACAGCUGGGGGGCAGCUCUGGGGCUCAACAGACGACCAGUCAGCAGGAGACCCCCAGCACCCAGAAACAGACAGCAGUGAAAAGAGCAGAGGCAGGCAAAGGAGCAGCAGCCAAGCCUGCAGGAAAAGCAGUCCCUGCAGCAACAACAGGGAAACCAGCAGGGAAGCCUGGUCCUUCCAAAAUGAGCUCUAUUCAAAGUCAACUGGUCAGCUCCCUCAGUGUCCUCUCUGCCUUUUACUCACCAAGCCAGAAAGCUGCUGCUGCCAGCAAACAGCAGGAACAAGGUCUCAAAUCUAUUAUGAAGAAAAAUGGUGUCGCUGACAAGCAGGGGAACAAGGGAGCCAAGAAAAACCUGAAGUUUGUCGGGGUGAAUGGAGGCUAUGAGACAACAUCCAGCGAAGAGUCCAGUGGAGAUGAGAAGCCAAAGGUGGAGUUAGAGGAGGAAGACAGCUCAGAACCAGAGGUGGAGAAAGAAAAGGAGACUGAGCCUCAGCCAGAAGAGAAGCCUGAGGAGGGAGCAGAGACCAAGCAGAAGGAUGCAGAGGUCUCAGUUGAAGCAGGAGCUGCUGUGGCUGCAGAGAAGGAGAGUGAGAGAGGCCUGCUGGAUCCAGAGGACAGCCAGGACCUCCUGGAAGAACAGGCAGAAGGGGAAAAAGUUGACCAGCGUUUUAUAGACGCUUGCUUGUAUGUAAAAGACCGUAUGGAAGAGGUUUCAUCCCCAGAUAAAGAAAUGCGUCAGGUUUUAGUGGUGCUUUACCAGGAGUGGUUCAGGAUCUCCAGUCAGAAAGACUCACAGGCCGAUACUGUCAGAUUAUACCUGCGACAAGUGGGCUUGACCACACCCACUCUCCUGCCAUAUGUCGUUAACUUGACAGACGGCAAUGGGAAUAUGGCCCUCCACUACAGUGUGUCACAUUCAAACUUCCCUGUGGUCAAACUGCUGCUUGAUACCGGUUUAUGUGAGACAGACAAUGUGAACAAGGCAGGCUAUACUCCAGUGAUGCUCGCUGCGCUGACGGCUGCUGACAGCCCUGAUGAUCUGGAGGUGGCACAACAACUGUUGAAACUGGGUGACGUCAAUGCAUGCUCCAGACAGGCAAGCCAGACGGCACUCAUGCUUGCGGUGAGCCAUGGCCGCGUUGCCAUGGUGAAGCUGCUCCUGAGCUGCGGUGCGGAUGUAAAUUCCCAGGAUCGCGAGGGGUCCACGGCCCUGAUGUGCGCCAGCGAACAUGGACACACACACAUCGUUCGUCUGCUGCUGGAGACGGGUCGCUGUGACCUCAGCCUCACAGAUAAGAAUGGGCAUACAGCACAGUUGGUGGCAGAGGGUGCCUCCCACCAAGACAUAAUUGACCUUCUGAAGGCCCAUGCUGAGACCCGUGCCUCUGAGCCCUCAUCUACCACAGACCUCCUCUGAGCCAACCGCCCGUCUACUUCUUUAAACCACUUCAGCUAGCCGACUCCCAAUCCUUCAAAUUCCAAGACCUUCUGUCCAACAACAAAGAGGGAAAAGGUUGAAUUAAGGACAUGAUGACACCAUAUAAAGCUCUGUAUGACCAGUGGAAAAGUGGAUAUGCUCUGUUUACCGUGGAACUACAUAUAAACCUCUGAGACUGGAGUGUCCAGCAAUGUGCGCCCACAUUUUUCUUCCACAUCUCUGCCAACAUGCCCUGUGGGUGUUUAUGGAUAUGCUGCAUCAACCACUCAGUGGACAGACAAAGGGAGCCGGCUUGAUGAUAAGACGUUGCCACUGGGACGAGUGUGAUUGACAGGAUAUUACUUAAGGAACCGGGGAAGAUUAUAAAGAAGGAUCAGGGAUGGAUAGACCGGAAAGUGGAUGAAGAGAUACUCAGACGAACUGCUGCUUCUUAUCAUCAACUAGCUUUUCAAGCAAAAUACUAAGCACAUGAUCUACCUUUCAAAUAUACGAUAUUAAAUAUGACAUCAUUUCUAUUUUUUUUUAAUGACAUUGACAUCAUCCUUUUCAUAUUUGGACAUAAAGCCAUUAUUGAGAACAUAGUAUAUGUAGAAUGUUAUUCUAUCAGAUUAUAAUCAUAUACAAACACAGAAACUGUAUUUUCUACUGCACUUUUUUAUUGUGUUUGUGUACAGUGAAUAGUCUACUCUAAUAAUCGAUGUCCAGAAACUAUAUAUCCCUCCAAAAGUGCAAAUUAAAAAAAAGAAAUAAAAGAAUAGAAUUUCUGGUCAAAUUCAACAUCAUUCAUUGGAUAUUUGACAUAAUUUAAUGUAUUAUUUUUUGCCAUAGUAAUGAUGUGUUUCACAUACAUGACAUGGGUGAUCAUCAUCUGUGAAUUGUUUGGUUUAGUUAGAAGAUAAAAUGUUUCUGUUGGAUGCAAAAGAAGUGAUUUUUUAUAACCACACUAUAACCAGAUUAAAGAAAGAUAAAAGUCUUCUAAUAAGAAGAUUGUACUAUUCAGAAGGUGCUGCAUGCCAAUACACAGUUACCCCCUCUACUGGCUGUCUUAUAGUACUAAACAACAGUAUGUUGUAAUACUGUCUGCUCUCAUGAUUAACAUCUCUCUUUCUUCGUCCCUCAGUUCAAAUAUAAUGUAUGUCUUGUUCGCCUGCUCGUUUCAAAUCAAAUUAUGUAUGCAACUGCUACAAAAUGCACAAUGGAUGUCAGGCUGGCUGUGAUACAUUCCAAGACAAAUGUAAAAAAAAAAUGUAGCUAGUCUAACUAUACUGGCAUGGUUAAUGGGACUAAUAGAGGCUGCCAGUGGAUAUGGCAGACAUAGGAAUGACCACGUGACUGAAGAUAUUUAAUUACUCAGAAAAUCUUGAUUACAACAAUCAGAUCUGCCUGUCCUUAAGUUACUAACACAAGUUCACUUUGUUAAGGCAUUCAUGUUUCAAAAUGGUAAACUGGCAAGAUGUUAAAAAGUUCAGGGUCGUUUAUGGAUUGCAGUUCAAAAGAAGCAAUAUUAAUGAAUUACUACCUUUUCAGUCAGAAAUUAGGUAGAGAGAGUGGCUUUGGUCUAGCCUUAAUCAGAUGACCAUCCUACAUUUUAGAAAUGAGAUGUGUUUCAGGGAGUGCAGUCUUUGUCUUCUGUUUUCCAAAAACCUACACCCAUAUUCCUAAAGUAUCUUUAAACAGGUGUACUGGUCUGAUAAAAUGUUUACAACUUCACAGCUCCCCUUCAGUGGCCUCUGCAGAGAUCACCAGUUACCAAUUUACAGGAAACAAAAGAGAUCGAUCAUUUUACCUGACAUCUGGAAGGGUGUCCACAAGUCAUGAUACCUGACAGGUGGACUUGUGAAAGUCAAUAUUUCAAUCAAAGCUAGGAGAACUCCAGUUAUUUAGCACCAUACCUUCAUAAAUGUGAGGAACUUUAUGACUUUUAGUUUCUAGCAUGUAGUAAGAUCUAAAAACACUAGAUACUCCAGUUCCCAUAAUGCAACCAAUGGCAUCAAUCACUUGCCUGGCAAAUGUCCAGUGUCUUUUAAACUUCAUACUCCUAAUUUGCAUUGCAGACUUUCUAUUUUUAGUCCAGGGAGAAUGCACAGGCUGAGUAGUACUCCUCAGGAUGAACAACCUGACCUAUAUGUAUGCAUUUGAUGUAGUGCCUCUUUAAAUGGUGGCUGGGGUUUGCUGGGGCUACUGAAGGUGGAAUUUAAAGGGGAAUACCACUUAUUUUAACAACUGCCAUAUCUGCGGUCUGUAACAGUCCAGUCUGCAUUUGAAGCCAGAAAAUAAAUCCUGUCCUACAGAGGUGUCCUAUUGGUUUCCUUUAGUCAUGACAAAUCUGCCAUGCCUACAGCACGCAGUGCUAACUUCUAAGCUGAAUUUAACUUUUUUUUUCUAAGAUGGAGUGUGGUCUGACCACUGAUCCUGCACCAGUACUCUCUCAUUCCCAGACACUUUAUUAAUGUGGGUGCUAAUAUAGGAUUAUAUAGAUUGAUAUGAAGAUAGAUCUAUUAUAUAAAGUAUCUUGAUUAUAUAGUAGUAUAUAAAGUGGCUGCAUUUACUCAGCAACAAUGGCAAUUUUUCAACAGUGGCUUUGUAUCAGAUCAUCAUCAUGUGUUGAGUCACAAAGUAGCACAGAUCUUCUCAAUAAUGAGGCUGCAUUUAUACAGGAUCAGAAACUCAGAAUUCUAACUGUGCAGCACAUCUGUUCAUUAUUGGUUGUCUGUAUAUUAAGGGACAAAAAAA